GAUAUGGUCUGAAGUCUAGCCUUUUAUCGGGCCCCCAAGCUGCCUUGGAUCAUUUAGACUCAGAAACCUUGCUUCUGCAGACUGCAAUCAGGGCGCUGGAGUACCCUUCCAGAGACUCUUUCCUCCCCAAGUUGUGUCUCCUGGCACCCUGCCUGGUUGCCUUGGAAACAGGUUCCACUGCGGACAAAGGAGGGAGCUGGGUCCUGCUUCCUCCUGGUCCUGCCAAUGAGGAUUUUUAGACCGUGGAGACUGCGCUGCCCUGCCUUGCACUUACCCUCACUCCCCACAUUCUCUAUAAAGUGGAGUUUGCCUUCCCUCAUCCCUGACGAGGACAUGUGUAAGAGUGUGACCACAGGCGAGUGGAAGAAAGUCUUCUACGAGAAGAUGGAGGAAGCAAAGCCAGCGGAUAGCUGGGACUUCAUCAUAGACCCCAACCUCAAGCACAAUGUCUUGGCCCCUGGCUGGAAGCAGUAUCUGGAACUUCAUGCUUCAGGCAGGUUCCACUGUUCCUGGUGCUGGCACACCUGGCAGUCGCCCCAUGUGGUCAUCCUCUUCCACAUGUACCUGGACCGUGCCCAGCGCGCUGGUUCGGUGCGCAUGCGCGUGUUCAAGCAGCUGUGCUACGAGUGCGGCACAGCGCGGCUGGACGAGUCCAGCAUGCUGGAGGAGAACAUCGAAAGCCUGGUGGACAACCUCAUCACCAGCCUGCGCGAGCAGUGCUACGGGGAGCGCGGUGGCCACUACCGCAUCCACGUGGCCAGCCGCCAGGACAACCGGCGACACCGCGGCGAGUUCUGCGAGGCCUGCCAGGAAGGCAUCGUGCACUGGAAGCCCAGCGAGAAGCUGCUGGAGGAGGAGGCGACCACCUACACCUUCUCCCGUGCGCCCAGCCCCACCAAGCCACAGGCGGAAGCGGGCUCAGGCUGCAACUUCUGCUCCGUUCCCUGGUGCUUGUUUUGGGCCACGGUCUUGCUGCUCAUCAUCUACCUGCAAUUCUCCUUCCGCAGUUCUGUCUAAGAUUCCCGCGUGGGUCUGAGGCUUGGGGUGGGGUGGGGUGUCUGCUGGUGGGAAGGGGUGAGGUGAGACCUGGCUUGGGAAAAUGGGGCACGUUCUAACACGAUGCGGUCAUUGAUUCAGUGGGAAGCCUGGACAAUCUACCCAAUUUUCCCAUCUGUAAAAUUAAGGGUCUGGGCUGGAUGGUUGAUUUUUCGAAAGAAAUCUAGGGUUCCAAAGUCCUUCUAGGUACCCCGGGGACAUUUGAUUUGGGAGGUAGAUGGAGUGAGUGAGCUGCUUUCUCCUCAUCCAACAGCUCCUUCCAAUUUCUGUCUUCUCCCUUGUUGCAAUCAGAACAGAACUACUUUCCAGGGAGUUCCAUGUAAGGAUGUGUGUGUGUGUGUGUGUGUGUGUGUGUGUGUGUGUGUGUGUGUGUGUGUGAGCGCGCGCGUGUGUGUGUAUGCUUAAUUGCUUACAAAGGAAAACAAGCUUGGAAAUUAUAGGACUAGGUCAUUGCAAAAGGUCUUAAAGCCAAUGAACUUGACUUUACUCUCCUGCUAAUCUUUUACUCUGUCCUGGUCAUUACCUAGCAUCUAGUUAGAGCUUUAAAGGAACCUCUUUGCCUUCAAUAUGAGCCUGAUCCACAGCUCUGCCUCAUGCACACACAGCAGUGUCCCCUGAAGUAGAGAGGUGUGUGUGUGUGUGUGGGGGGCACUCGACUGCCUGUUCUGCUGUUCUUUGCUAUGUUUCCCAGACGUGAAGCUUCUAGCACCUUGUCCUUCAGGUGGAUCCCACUGUCUGUCUGGCUGACAGAAGACUGGUUGCUGGGGUAGAGUCACAGUGAGGAGGCCUCCCACUCAGUGCUUGUGAGCCAGCACAGAAUUUAGAGAGGUGUGGAAGAAAAUCGUACAUAGAGUCACUCUCUGUUAUAGUGGAGGGGUUUCAAGGUUCAGAUCCUCGGCCGUUCAGCAGUGCUGAGACCCAGAACAGGGGAACAGCCUGGCUGACUAUGGUUUUGCUGAAAUGAUAGUUGACUGACUUUUCCACAAUGGCUUUUUGUUUGUUUUGUUUUGCCUAGGAGACUCUCUGGACCACAGGGAUAGGGCAUCUCAGCAAGAAAGGGUAAAUUAAAGCUGCAAAACAACCAGUUGGUAGGGAUGCCUGGAAUCUCAUAUCUCUUCAAAAAGGCAUGCCAUAUGAUUUGCAGUCACAGGAUCAGACACCCUCUGAUAAUAGAGGGUAGAGUAAGGCUGGUGGGGGAGAGGAGAAAAGCUGGAAAUGGCGUGCUGCCCGCCCACCCUGAGCCGUAGAGAGGACCUUGUUCACCGUCUCUGUUAGUAAUCUACUUCCUGUCCUGCCAUUUCUUGUUUAUAGAAAGUCACAAUGUCUGCAGUGGGGGAGACCGGAGGGCCACUUACAUUAGACGGGGUACAUAAAGACCUUCAGGACAUCAUUAGUGCACCUUGCAGAUUCCCCACAUGGCCCUUGAUCUCUACUGGGCCGUUAGUUACCCCCCCUCCCCCCAGUAUCUUGUUUUCUCUCUUAAUGAGACUGUCUCCAGUUACUGCUCUGGGUCCAUCCUGUCCAUAGUCCGGAGAGAUGUGGUAGGUCAGCACAAGGGCAAGCCCUCGCUCUGACAGUAGUAACCAGUUGUGACUUCUUCCUUCACAGUAUUAAUUUCUUUAGUCAGCCACAUAUCCUGGGCACCCACUCUCUAGCAAGUUCUUAUCUGGGUGCUGGAUACAGUAGUAGGCACCUUGGGCCAGACUCGGUCUAUCAGAGGCCUCUGGUCACUUCAGGGUUUCUCAGGCCUGCCUGGCUGUAUUUUAGGAACCCCGAGGAGCUUUGAAAGAAAUAGCAGUGCAUCUGAAGACCCCAGUUAGAGCAAAUCUCCCAGCUCCCUGCCUCUACUGCCUGGUACAAUACCUCUAAGUGAGCGGCGGCUUCGUUUGUAUCCAGUUUAUAAACUAUGCCUGGCUUGGUUUAUCUCCUCUGAUGAACCUCCCUGACUUCUCCACAACUCGGGCUCUGCCUCCCUCCUCGGCUGCCUUGCUUUUCCCUCUGUGUUCAUGGAAUGUAAUCCUCCUUUAUCCUUCCCACCAUGGCGAUCUGUUGCUACAGUGACAUCAUCCCGCCCCUGGGUCUCCAUGACCGAGUCUUUCUUUCUUGCUAGAACACCCAUCAGACCUGUUGUAAUCCCUCAUUCUUGGAUGUACCCCCGUUAGAAUAUAGGUUCCAAAUAGCACAGACUCAGUGCAUCGUGUUUACCUCUAUUGAGCACGUAAUAAGAGCUCAGUAAAACUCUGUUGAAUGACUAAGUAAACCAGUGAGCAUGGCCAUCUACAGCCAGACCUUUGCUUCUGUAGUGUGUGCUCAUGACAAUAAGUUCAGUCCUCUUCCCACAUCACCAAUUGUUUUCCUAGAUCUUGUACUCACCUGCCCUGAAUAAAAGAUUUAAACCAAAGCAUGUGGAGGAUAGAGUUCGUUUGUUUCAGGUGGUAGCAUGGAAUCAGACAAGCGAUGCUGAACUCUCCAGGCACUGGAAGCUGUGGGUUCUGUUUUAAUUCUGGACUGAUUCCCUCUGGGACUUGAGGCUGCUCAUUUUCUCUCUGGCUCAGGUGCCCUGUCUUGGGGUUAAAAACAUCUUGAGGUCUUUCCCCCUCCCAACCUGUACUCAGCCACAUGAAGCCUGGUUCCUCAAGGGCAUGUCCCGGUGCCAGGUUACCCAGCCUGUUUCUGAAUACCCCAGAUGGCAGGGAGAUCAUCAUUGGUCAAGGCAGCUCAUGCCCUCUUCAGCUAGCUCUGCCUAGUGACGAAGUCUUUUUCUUUGUGAGCCUCCUCUGAAGGAUUUGUAUUUUGCAGUCACCAGUUCACAAGUGGAAUGGGCACAGGGAGGCUCCUUUCUCCUCGCCUGGGUCUUUUCUCAGCCCUGCAGCUGGGGGAUUCUUUAACCUGAGUCAGGCCCUGUCAUCUCUCUGCACCUUUGCCCAUUCUGUAAAAGCCGGAAAUGAUGUGGCUCUCAUUAUCUUACAGCAGCUUUUAUCACCCCUCCCACCACUUCCGCAGCUACACUGGCUAUGUGCUGUUCCUCAUACACGUUGGGCAUGCUCUGCCCUAGGGCCUGUCUGCCCUGUUCCUGCUGCCAGGAAUGGUCUUUCAAAGGCUCUGGCUCACUCUCUGACCUCCCUCAAGUCCUUUUGAGUUUCAUCCUCAGUCAGGCCCCCUUUGACAUGCUGUUUCCUGCCGCAGCCUGCAUGCUACCUCACACCCUAUUCCUGGUCUCUUGUGCCUGUACUUCUGUCUGGAUCCCCCAGAACUCUGAGUGUAAGGCAGGGGCUUAUGGGUUGGCUCUUUAUGAAGGAAUAUGACCCAAGGAAUCAGGGCUUAGGAAGGGCGGAGCAAAGAGAGUGUUUUAAUUUACUUUCUAUAAACACCAUGUGAUAAACACUGUGGAUAAAAGCGUCUCAGAGAGGAAAGCGUUUGCUUCAUCUUACAGUUCCGGAGGAUCACCAAGGGAAUUCAGGCCAGGAACUCAAGCAGAGCAGGAACCUGGAGGCCAGAGCUGAGGCCACGCCCAUGGAGGAAUGCUGCUUACUGGCUUGCUCGGCCUCCUGUCUUAUAGAAUCCAGGACCACAUGCCCAGGGGUGGCACUGCCCAGGCCCUGCCACGUAAUUGUUAAUCAAGAAAAUGUCCCACAGUCUUGUCUCCAGGGAAUCUGAUGGAGGAAUUUUCUCAAAUGAGGUUCCUCUUCCCAGAAAACUCUAGUGAGUGCCAACUUGACAUAACAAAAACCAACCAACCAACCAACAAACACUAACCAGCGGCAAAGACAAUAGACGGAGCUGUUGUUAAAUUAGCAGCCUGGUCUCCACAUCAAUUGCUUCCUGUGACUGUGACCAAAGUUCCCAAGAAUCCAGUGUCAGGGAGGGUUGUUUUGCCCCACGGCUUUGAGGGUUCUCACUGGUAUUUUGCUCCAUGUGCUAGGACAGAACGUCACGGUGGCAGGAACAUGCGGUAGUAGAAGGUACUUCCUCACAGUGGAUAAAAACAGAAUGUGAAAAGGGAGAGCCCUUCCAAGAGCCCAAUCCCAGUGACCUACGCAUUCCAGCUAGGCCCCACUUCUAAAAAUUUCUAGAACUUUUCUAAAUGGUUCAGCAGGUGGAGACCAGAUGUUUCACAUGUGAGCCUGUGGAGAACAAUUUGUAUUCAAAUCAUAGUAUCCUACUCCUGGACCCUAAAGGCUCAUGUUUAUCCUGUAAUAAAAAUUUGUAUUUUUGUCUAACAUUGAGAAUGUAGAUGUCUUAGGGGUUUUAUUGCUGUGAAAAGACACCAUGACCAUGACAACUCUUAAAAGGAAAAUAUUUAAUUGAGAGGGCUCAUUUACAGUUUCAGAGGUUCAGUCCAUUAUCAUCAUGGCGGGAAGCAUGGUGGCAUCCAGGCAGAUGUGGUGCUGGAGGAAUAGCUGAGAGUCCUACAUCUUGCAGGCAACAGGAAGUUGACUGAGACACUGGGCAGUAUCUUGAGCAUGGUAUCCUGAGCAUAGGAAACCUCAAAGCCUGUGUCCCCAGUGACACACUUCCUCCAACAAGGCCAUAUCUACUCCAACAAAGCCACACCUCCUGACAGUGCCACUCCCUAUGAGAUUAUGGGAGCCAAUGACGUGUAAACUACCACAGUAGACCAUCCUUUUUUAACCCCAAAAGUAACAUGAAUGACCUCUAGUUAAAUUGUCAACAGGGUCCUCCUUCUAUCUGAAAGCUUAUGUGGCCUCUACUGUCCACUUCCUAGUGGUGCUUUGGUCUUCUGGACACUAACCAGAAUCACCCACUAAGUUCUGCUCAGCAGAAUUUGAAGCCCUUUCCAAUUUGCUUCUUUAAACUCUUCGAACAAGAAUCCCAAAGUCUUCAUCCCAUACCACAUGGUCAGGUAUGGUCACGUGAUCUCAGUUCUGUCCCUUGCUUCUCUAUUAGUUACUUUCUUGGCACCACGAUCAGACUACCUCAGAGAAAACCACAAGGGAGGAACUAUUGGUUUUUCCCUACAGUUUCAGAGGACUGAGUCCAUGGUCACUCAGCCUCAUGCAAUUGGGAAGAACAGCACAGUCAGGAGACCCUAAGGACCAUCAUCAUCACUAAGCAGCUUGUUCUAGUUCAGUGGUUCUCAAUCGUAAUGCUGAGACCCUUUAAUACAGUUCCUCAUGUUGUGAUGACCUCCAAUCAUAAAAUUAUUUUUGUUGCUGUUUCCUAACUGUAAUUUUGCUACUGUUAUGAGUCAUAAUGUAAAUAUCUGAUAUGUAGGAAAUCUGAUAUGUGACCCCUGUGAAAGGGUCGCUCAACCCCCCAAAGGGUUGCAACUGACAGGUUGAGAAUCACUGCUAGCUAGAUUCCCACUUCCUGUUGUUUCUACAAAAUACCCAAAUAGUGCCACCAGCUGAGAGACAAGAAGUGGACACAUUUGCUGGUGACCGGCAUUUCAUGUUAAGCCACAAACGGUUCCACAGGACCACUGGUAAGGCCGGUGGUCAGAUACCUCAGCAUCAUUUGGAGCAAUGGCGACCAGAGCCUUUCCUCCAGCUCUGAUCUCUGGCUGACUGUUCACUCUGUGGAGAGUUAACUCACUCCAGGUUGUGGCGCGCCAAAGAGAUCUUCAAACAACGUUUGUAUUCUUUCUCUGACUUUCUUGGGGUAAAAGUUCUAGUUUUUGAUUUUUUUGAAUUUCGGAUCAUGUCAUGCCUCUUUGUGAGCUGGGUCCAGCUAACAUUCUGACUUCCUUUCUCAGAAAUAAUUGGUCCCUUGUGGAAUAUAGCUUUAAGGGUAUUACGGAGGUCUGUAUCUUUGUCUUUCAACCACAGGAAACAUGGACAGACAGUGAUUGGAAAUCCAGUGACAUUCAAAAUGAUUUUUUUAAAAAGCCCUAAAAAUGGAACAUAUUCAUUCCAGUGGUGGCCUCCCAACAUGACUGGGAGUUUCUUUUAUUCGCAUGCCCAGCACUGUGUGUGUGCUUAAUUUGAUGAAUACCUCCUCCCACACUUUCCGAAUACAUUCCCCUUUAUCCUUAGAUCAGCUGCUGCCUCCGCGCAUUGCAACCAAGAGCGCACCAGGCUUUCCCCCGGGAAUGCUGUACGUCAUGUUUGGAAAAGGGCUACAGCAAGGAGCACUUAAUCGGAGCAGAGGUUCAGUUUGGGAGAAUUACAAAGUUCUAGGAAUGGAUAGUGAUGAAGAUUACACAGUAAUGUCAAUGUACUUAAUGUCACUAAAUUGUACAACUUAACGUGGUUAGGAUGAUAAACGUCACAAACUUCCAGAAAAGAAACUGAAUUUGUAACCCAUUUGGAUAUGUUGACCCUAAAGUGUCUGUGGAACUGUCAAAUGGAAAUGACAAGAGAGACAUUGGUGUCCGAGCCCAGGAGCGUGCCGGCCUCAAGACACAGAUUUCACAAAGCAAACGAAGGGGUUAGAAGAGAUGAGGUCAUCCAGGAGACACAGACAAAUGAGAGAGGGGAAAAUGGAAGGAACUCAAGAAGGGACCCGGCAGAGCACUCGCUUGAGAGGGGACCCAGAAGAGCAUCCACUUGAGAGGGGACCCAGAAGAGCAUCCACUUGAGAGGGGACUCUGCAGAGCACCCGCUUGAGAGGGGACCCAGAAGAGCAUCCACUUGAGAGGGGACCCUGCAGAGCACCCGCUUGAGAGGGGACCCAGAAGAGCAUCCACUUGAGAGGGGACUCUGCAGAGCACCCGCUUGAGAGGGGACCCAGAAGAGCAUCCACUUGAGAGGGGACCCUGCAGAGCACCCGCUUGAGAGGGGACCCAGAAGAGCAUCCACUUGAGAGGGGACUCUGCUGAGCACCCGCUUGAGAGGGGACCCAGAAGAGCAUCCUCUCAAGAGGGGAAUCUGCAGAAGCAGGGAACCAAUAGGGAGGACGGAAAGAAGGAAGCAGAAAAGAUAUGGUGGCUCAAGAAGCAUGUGUCCGGGAAACUAAGUAAAGACCAGAGCUGGUCAUUAGUGUUGAACUCUUUGCGGGAUUACAAAAACAAGGCUUAAAACAACGUGUUGUGUGUAGCCAUACGAUACCUGCUUGUGAACUGGGUGAGAGCUGCUCUGUAGACCUGUGGGGAUGGAAAGCAGCCUUCAGAAUUCACGGGAGGUGAAAAGGCCCAGAGUAUGGACCAAGUUUCAAAUCUAUGAAACAUUUGUUCACCAAAGGAAGGAGAAAAGUCUGGACCUGGGCGGAUGGCACAAGCUGAUGAAGGAAACAGGAGGUGAAAAUCCAGGGAGAGAGCAAAGAAGACUCAAGUUCAGAUGCCCACAUACACACCACAUUUUUCUGUAUCCAUUUAUUCCCCGAAGGACAAUGCCUUGCUUCUGUCUUUUGCUAUUAUGUAUAACAUUGCUGAGAACAGUGAUGUGCAGAUGUGUGCUUGAAUCCUUUCUUUAGUUCUUCUGGUGAUGUCCUUUGUUUAAAAUGGAGCAUCUCAAGCUGACAAGAUUGCUCAGUGGG